AUGUCUAAGCCAAGGUUGGAGGGCAAGGUGGUCCUUAUCACAGGUGCAGCCGGUGGGAUUGGUGAGGAGGCAGUGAGACUAUUUGCAGAAAAUGGAGCCUUUGUUGUUGCUGCUGACAUUCAAGAUGAAUUGGGUCCUCACGUUGUCGCCUCAAUAGGCUCCGAAAGAGUUAGCUAUUGCCACUGUGAUGUAAGAGAUGAAAACCAAGUUGAGAAAACAGUGAACUACACGUUGGACAAAUAUGGCAGCCUAGACAUUUUGUUCAGCAAUGCAGGUGUCUUGGGUCCAAUGACUGGCAUAUUAGACCUGGACAUUCAAGGCUUUGACAACACCAUGGCCACGAACGUUCGUGGCGCUGCUGCAACAAUCAAACACGCUGCGCGUGCCAUGGUGGCUCGAAAGGUACAUGGUUCAAUCAUAUGCACAACAAGUGUGGCAGCUUCUCUUGGAGGUAUAUCUCCACAUGCUUACACAACUUCAAAACAUGCUCUGUUGGGUUUGGUGAGAGGAGCUUGCAGUGAGCUUGGGGCUUAUGGGAUCAGAGUGAAUAGCAUUUCCCCAUUUGGAGUUGCAACCCCUCUUUCAUGCAAAGCUUACAAUUUGCAGCCAAGUGAGGUGGAGGCUAAUUGCUCUGCCAUAGCCAACUUGAAGGGCAUUGUGUUGAAGGCUAGGCAUGUGGCGGAGGCUGCUCUGUUUCUUGCUGGUGAUGAAUCUGCUUAUGUUAGUGGACACAACUUGGUUGUCGAUGGAGGCUUCACGGUGGUUGAUCAUAUUUAUUCGGCCAACUAG